AUGGUGUCCCGGACUCACGGGCUCCCCGUGGCAGAUGGUAACGUUUACAAGUUCCGAAUAGACAGUGGCGCUAGCGACGUGAUGUGGGCACUGCGGCCUCGGUCGAACAUGCCGUUGUUACCUCGGCAUCAGCCCAGAGAGUUCUUGAUCUCUGCAAGCCAUUCGAGCUGUAACGGUGCAGCCCAUGAAGUGUUGCACACAAAACGACAGCCAGCGACCAGCUUUGGCGUUGGGGAGGCAACUGCAGGCCUUCGGAAGGGCUCAGAGUUCCUGUUCAAUAUUGACAGCGGCAAAGCAUGGGAUCAGUUCCAGGAGCUUUUCAAGACACCAGCAGUGCUGGCCAAGUACGAUAAAGAUUUCGAAUAUUGGGUUGCAGAGGCAACGGAUGCAAACAACGAUUUGGUCCGGGCGAAGGAGUUGCUGCAGCAAGCACUUCAGGAUCAAGCCCCGCAGAUCGAACAGGAUCAGACGGAGAUAGAUCAGGAGCAAUUUCCCGAGUACGAAGAGCUGGCUGCUCAUAUUGCAGGGUGGUGCAACAUUGUGCAGUGCUGCACUGGCUACGAAGCAAAGUGUAGGAUAUCUCCGGUGCCACUUCUUUUCCUACUUCUGGGCGUCGUCGUGUCCAUCACGACUUGUGCUUGUUUAUGUUGUGGUGGCAGCGGAUACCACUUCAGCAUGGAUUUUUCAGACAUGACGCAUGACGAGACGAAAGGCUUUGUGUCAGGCAGCACUGGCAAUGCAGUGAUCGGAGACGAGGAGUUUGCUAGACGAGCUUGGAAGAAAAGACCCUCGUGUUUUCCCAUGUUCUGCGCUGCGCUUCUCAUCAUCCUACUGUGUUUCUUUGGUGGCCUUACCCGGAUCGUCAAUGCUGCUUGGACAGAGUACAUCAUCGUUUCGUCCCUCGACCGGGCGAUGGACAACGCGGUCGACAUUGCAAACGCAAGUUUGACAAUCAACGAAACGGUCACAAACUUGCAUGACAAGCUGUUGGAGCUCCCGUUGACAUGCAAGACGGACAGCAAGGCUGCCAAACAAGUCCUCUACACCUUUGUGCACAGCGCUCUUGGUGCGAUCGACGACUAUGUCGAGCAAGUGUACUUCAUAGUCGAGACAGUUCAACCCAUUCCGGAUCAAAUUGGGAAAUUCAAGAAUUUGACGCAUCGUGCAAAGCCCUUCUUUGCGUCACUCCCAUUGGCCCCGCUCUGGCUUGUGGCUUUUAUCUGCAUCGGAAUCGUGGUAGAGGCAACAUGUACCACCUGCUGCAGAAGCAGCUCUCUGGCAAGAUGUGUGGACGUGGGCCUGAAGUUGUCGGCCCUCCUGUUUGGGCUCAUCGUUUUUGUGGUUGCGGUGCUGGUUUGCGUGGAGACGGUAGUGCUAAUAGCUCUCAGCAAGUUCUGCGAGGAUGUUGAUCACAACGUUUUGUCCUACGUAAAUUCCACCACGCCCUGGGCCCGGCGCGGCGGGGACCGGAAUCCAAUCGACGAGUCAGCGUCUCAGCUCCUCUGCAACUUCACUGGCCAGGUGAGAGGCGAGACCUUCGCGAACACGAGCGCCGAGAGGGUCAUCGAUCGCAGUUCGAAUCAGUACGACACCCUCGCGAUGAAGUACAUCAACCAGAUUCAGGACUACUACAAUCAGGCAGCCAUCGGGGUAGCCGGCUUGGGCCUGGCUUGCCCCGCAUUCUUCGAUUUGGACGUUAAUGCGAUUGCAACCAAAGCACGUGGAAUCUUGGGAAAGGCGAGGGAGCUGUUGAAGGGCGAGAAUAUCUACCCCUACUACAGGAAGGUCGUUCGUGCCGGGAUCUGCAAUGUGGUCAUCAGCGGUGUCGGAUGGAUGUGGCUGUUGCAGGUAGUAGUGGGCAUGGUACUGUUUCCGACUUGUGCCAUCUUGACCCACAGAUUUCUUGUGAGUUGGGCAGCCUGGCAGAAGGUCAAGGAGGCCCGACGGGCCAAAAAGGUGGACCCUCAGUCAGAUGACAGCAGUGAUUCUGACGAUGGCAGUGUCGUGAGUGACAUGACAUCUGGGACAGAGCGGUCGCUGGAUGGUGCUCCAGGUGCCGAUCCCCCCCGGUGGCUCAUGUCGAAGGUAAGGUGCAGGUGGGAAGUUGAGAGGCUCACCUGCGCGGGGAUCGAAGGUCAUCCUCUUAUGGGUUUCUUUUGUUGCCGAUGCAGGCGGUCAAGGAGGUUGAUCGUGCCAGCUCCCAGCCAGGAAGCUCUUACCAAGUUAUGUGACAGCCCAAGCGCUGGAGCUUGUGUGUCGUCUACAUCCACAGCACCUACCGACAAGGACAGCGUAGCGGGGUCGGAUUCAUCCAGACACCAGGAGGAACCACAAUUUGUGCCAACUCGCUCAGUGACAGAGACAUCGGCAGGUUCGGCAGGUUCGGCAGGUCCGGCGGGAGGGUCGGUGCUGGGACUGGGCCUGGCCAUGACUCUGCUGGCUGGUCUCUCUCGAUCGCCUCACCCGCGGCAAGCCGGGCAAGUCCUCGCCCUCCGAGCGGAAGCAGAAGCGAAAGAGGAGGCUGAAGAGCCAGCUGAAGCUGAAGCGGAAGCGCAGGACGAGACAGAGGACGAGGAGGAGGCAGAGGCAGAUGAAGAAGAGCAGAAGCCCUCGAAAUGGAAAUGUUUGGAUUGCGGCAGCAUGAAUUUUGCGGCCAGCACGGAAUGCGACAAGUGUGGGGCUGCGAAGCCCUCGGCAGAAGAAGCCCAGAUGAUUGAGGAGAGGGACAAGGCAAAAGAUGAAGUUGCGAAGGUCAUGGAUGGAUUUCUCAGAAUGCAGGCCGAUUUGCAGAAUUAUCGCAGGAGCCAUGACGAGGCCAUGGCGCGAGCAAAAGAUCUUGGCAAAGUGGAUGCUUUGCAGAAGCUGCUUCCGAUUACGGAUGACAUUGAAGCUGCGGUAGCCGAGCCUGAAGGCAUGGAUGCCAAAGACAAGGCGAUAUUUGAUUCCUACUCGCUUCUGUUCCGGAAGAUUGGUGAUGUGUGGACCAAGUUUGGGGUGGACACGCUGACCGUCGCUGCUGGUGACAUGUAUGACGAGGAUGCUCAUGAGGUCGUGGAGGAGCGAGAACCCACAGACGGCCAAGCAUCGGGAACAAUUAUCGAGGUUGUGAAACCUGGUUUCUCUUGUGAUGGCAAAGUGGUGAUCUCCCCGCAGGUGAUCAUCGCUUCGUCUUCGUCUGCAGAGGCAGAAGAAGCUCCGGAAGAGGCUGAAGCCGCCGCGUGA